GCCAGACAGCCUUCCCGCACCUGCCUAACUGAUGACCUACAGUACUUACAUACAUUACCUACAUUUCGCCCCGCGAUUCGCCCGCGCGAGCUUUCUAGCGGCCACCUCUCACCUCUCACCUAUGUAAAAUAACCUCCAUCUUCCCAUCACCAGUAGAUCAUUACUCAUUUUUGCUUGCUUGCCCCGUCCAUCCACACUAUCGUCCAUCAGCCACGACGAACCCUCUAUUAUCGAGAGCGUCUACGGAUUGAAACCCCCAAACAAACAAAGCCACCAUGGCCGCUAAUAUCAAGUAUACGGCGGCGCCCACGCAGGAUCCCGACGCGGCAACCUGGUCGCAGGCUCCCCCAUCGUACCAGUACGCCGGAUCGACCAGCGCACCAGCCGCCGCGCUCUUCGCCGAUGUCCCGCGCAGCAGCGAGGACAACAUCCCCGAUGACUUCAAGUUCGGCGGGUCUGUCGCCGAAGCGACGAUCGAUAUCCGCAACCAGUUCAUUCGCAAGGUGUACACCAUCCUCACGGUGCAGCUGAUCGCCACGGCCGUCGUCAGCGGCUUUAGUUUUUGGAGCGAUAGCUACAGGACUUGGAUCCAGUCGCACCCAGGUCUUAUCUGGGCCUCGCUUUUCGGCUCCAUGGUUUUCAUGCUUCUGACCUAUUGGAAACGCAAGUCCUACCCGACGAAUCUGCUCUUUCUCUCUGCAUUCACCCUGCUCGAAGCCUACACUAUUUCGGUUAUCGUAUCCUUCUACAAGACACAGAUCGUGCUCAACGCCGUCAUCCUGACCGGCGGCAUCUUCGUCUUCCUGACGCUGUUUGCCUGCCAGACCAAAUACGACUUCACUUCCUGGAUGCCGUAUCUGUUCGGUGCGCUCUGGGGUCUCUUGCUCUUCGGCUUAAUGAUGAUGUUCCUUCCUGGCAGUAGCACUGGCGAGCUCGUCUACGGCGGACUAGCCGCUCUAAUUUUCUCCGGUUACAUCUUAGUCGACACCCAGCUCGUCCUCCGCAAGCACCACGUCGAGGAGGAGAUUGCUGCCGCGCUCAGCUUAUACCUGGAUAUCAUCAACUUAUUCUUGGCCAUCCUACGCAUCCUAAACAGCCAAAAUAACAACUAGGAAAGGUGAAGCGGGUUGGUGAGAAUGAUCUCAGUUGUAAUGAUACGAACAUUAAGUUAAACACGGAAUUAUAGGCUUCCUUUCGCAGAGAGGACGCAAAUGAUAUUUUGAGAAAGUCCGCGGCUCUAGACGUUAUUGCAGGACUCGUGUUUUGUUUCCUUUUCCUUGUGUUGUUGUAUGAGUUUAGGGAACGGCGUCUUAGGAAGUAGCAACUUGGGCUUAAUAUUAAGAGGCGGGUUGCCGAAACUAGGAAUUUUGUUUGUUCCAAAGUAUAGUUAGUAACGUCGGGAUAGUUAAACUCCCAGCUAGCCUAAAUGUUUCUUAUUCAAAGCGUCUUGAUACCUACAAGCUGCGAAUGAGUAUAAAGCUUGGGAAAAAAAUCCUGGCGAUAGGAUCAAAUCCUCGUCGGCCUUAGGAAAAUGGUAUGACGAAAUAUUGUAUCAGCUCAGUGUUUAUUUUUGCUUAUAGGUCUAUAACAGCGCCUUUGCAGCGUAGCAAUAUAAAUCAUUACCAGAA